AUGGAGAAUCCUAAGCUCUCAGAGUACUUUGGUUACGAUCAGUUCAUGGAUUUUGGAUCCCGAGAUGGUUGGCUACUUAAUUAUCUAGUCAAAGAAAAGCUUUGUCCAGAACUUAACCGAGCGAUUACUUUUGGUGUACUUUACUUUGUCGAUCCAGAUGGCCGUAAUUUUAGAGUAGAAACAAUCUUCUACCCACAAAUCAUCAUUUCAGUUGAGGAAGGUCAAGAAACCACUGCUGAAGAAUAUCUAAAACAAAAACAUAACAACCAUAUCUAUCAGAUUAACCCAAUCUUGAAAACAAAUCUUCAAGAACCAAACCAUUUAAGUCCCAAACCGACCAAACCAGUCCGACACUUUCUAGCCAUUCAGUGCUACACCGAAAGUGAUGCCCAGACUCUCAAGCGCGAGAUAGAUGAAAUAGUUAAACGUAACCGUCAAAAGCGACUGGACAGAUCAGCAGUCCUUCUCUUCUCCAAAGAAGCCCGAAUCAAUAGUGAAGUAGAUCCAGAGACAAGUAUUCUAGAUAUUCAUGAGUAUGAUAUUUCCGCAAGUGUACAAAUGGCCAUUACUAGAGACUUUAAUGCCGGUGCCUGGUAUACAGUAGAGUAUAAAGGAGAGUAUGUGAUUACUAAGAGUAGUCGAGUUCUUCCACCUGAAUUACGUAUUCUAACCUACGAUAUUGAAACAACCAAAGAUCCUCUUAAGUUUCCUGAUGCUGAAAAAGAUAAGGUUAUGAUGAUAUCUAUUAUGAGUAAUACAAUUGGCUGGUUGAUUGUUAAUCGAGAGAUUGUUUCGGCUGAUAUUGAUCCCUUUGAGUUUCGACCGACUAAAGAUAUUGGGGGUGAAUUUGAGAUUUUCAAUGAAGCUAAGGAAAAAGACUUAUUACUACGCUUUCUAGAGAUUAUUCAUACUUAUAAGCCGCAUGUUAUUUCCUCUUAUAACGGUGACUUCUUUGAUUGGCCCUUUUUGGACAAACGAUUGGAAAAGCAUGAUAUUUCCUUAACAACUGCUACUGGUGUCUAUAAAAACACGCGUGGUGAGUAUCUUUGUGACUUCUUCUUGCACUUAGACUGCUUUAAAUGGGUCAAAAGAGACAGUUACUUACCAGCUGGUAGUCAAGGACUUAAAAGUGUAACUAAGGCUAAACUUGGCUACUUUCCUGAUGAAAUAGAUCCAGAGAAUAUGGUGUUAUUUGCUAGUAUUAAACCCAAAGUACUGGCUUCCUAUUCAGUUUCAGAUGCAAUUGCUACUCACUUUCUCUAUUUAAAGUAUGUACAUCCUUUUAUCUUUUCGUUAGCUUCACUGAUUCCCUUAUGUCCUGAUGAUAUUCUUAGAAAAGGAUCUGGAGCACUCUGUGAAACCUUGUUGAUGAAAGAGGCUUUCUUAUGUCAUGUACUGAUUCCGGCUAAAAAGAAGACCAAAUUGCUUUACAACUACAAUGGUCAGGCGGCUGAGUCACUUUCUUAUGUGGGAGGUCAUGUAGAGUGUUUGAAAUCCGGUGUAUUUAGAUCAGAUUUUGAGUAUGAUUUUGUUUUUAAUGAGGCUUAUCUACGGAUGAUGAUUCAAAAAAUAGAUAAGAUAAUUGAUAUGGAGCUUAAUGGUAAAGUUGCCACCAAUCGAGUUGAGGUUAAGCAGGAAAUAGAAGCAGCACUAGAAAGUCUUAUCCAGCAAGGCAACUGUAAACUCAAACCAUACAUCUACCAUUUAGAUGUUGGAGCCAUGUAUCCUAACAUUAUCUUAACUAACCGAUUGCAACCAGUGGCUAUAGUUGAUGAUAAGAUCUGUGCCCAGUGUAUCUACUACCCGGAAAAGGAAACAUGCCAGCGCAAGAUGGUCUGGAAAGUCCGAGCUGAGGUUUAUCCCGUGGACGAGAAGACCGUCAAGUCAAUCACCAAGAAGAUCAAAGAAGAUAAGAAACCCAGUGAUAUUUCACCCGAGCAAAGACUUAAAGAUGCCCUGGUUGCCUACUCCAAACGUUUCUACAAGAAGACCAGAGAAGUCGUGAUUGAAGAUAAAACCAGCACUGUUUGUCAGAAAGAGAAUCCCUUCUAUGUCAAUGCAGUUCGACGUUUCCGAGAUAGACGAAAUGAGUACAAAAAACUAGCUAAGCAAGCCAAAGGUCAAGCACAAGAAGCUCUAAGUGCCCAAAGUCUUAUCAAUGGCGAAUCAGCCAACGAUCUGUUUAAAAAAGCCGCAGUUUAUGAUUCUCUCCAGAUUGCGCAUAAGUGUGUUUUGAACUCGUUUUAUGGUUAUGUAAUGAAAAAAGGGGCUCGUUGGUACUCCAUGGAGAUGGCUGCGGUCGUAUGCCAAACUGGAAGUUCAAUUAUUCAAAGAACCAAAGCGGUUAUUGAUGCUUUUGGAAUUACUUUAGAGUUAGAUACGGAUGGAAUUUGGGCCCUUCUUCCCCAGGGGUUUCCACUAAGUUAUACGCUUAAGUCUGAAUCUGGUCCGGUUUAUUUCUCAUAUAUUUGCUCUGUUCUCAACCACAUGCUACUGGAAGAGUUUAGUAACCACCAGUACCAGGACCAGGGACCAUCAGGACAGUACUCUAUCCAGACAGCUAACUCAAUUGGCUUCGAAAUAGACGGACCAUACCGAGCUAUGUUCCUGCCGGGCUCAGCUAAGGAAGGCGAGUCAAUCAAAAAGCGGUAUAUUGUUAUCAAUUCUAAAGAGAAGAUUUCUGAAAUCAAAGGUUUUGAAUUCAAACGAAGAGGUGAACUUAAGUUUGUCAAAGCAUUCCAAGAAGACUUUUUCAAUACUCUCUUGGCCGGUACUACCCUUGAAGAGUGUUAUAAUGCCUUAGCUCAGUGUGCCAAGUACUGGAUUGGGAUUAUUGAGAAGAAGGGCGGGCCAUUGAACCAGGAAGAGAUCUUUGAGUACUUUGGUGAAACCCGAAGUAUGUCCAAAGAUGCCCACGAGUAUGCAGCCGUUAAAUCUACAUGUUUAACUGCUGCUGGCCGAUUAGCAGAAUUACUUGGUCAAGAUCUCUCUACCAAAGGAGUUAGUUGUUCAUUUAUUGUUAGUAAGUACCCAGUUGGCGAGCCAGUUACUUCUCGAGCUAUUCCACAGUCAGUCUUUUACACCCAGAAGUCUACCCGAGAUAAGUAUCUUAAGAAAUGGCUACAAGCAGCAGUCGUACCCGCUAAUAUUAAAGAUAUCAUUGAUUGGGAUUACUAUAUGGAAAGACUCUCCAAUGUAAUCACUAAAAUCAUUAUUGUUCCUUCGGCCCUCCAGAGUAUCAAGAAUCCCCUACCUAAUAUUGCUGCUCCUCAAUGGACAAUCCAACACCGUAAGAUUCUAGGCUUCCUCCAUAAGAAAUCCACUCGAUUCGAACCCUCCAUCAACCAAGACAUCUCUAACCAAGACAUUAUUAACCAAGAAAACCUUCCUAUUCCUGCUAAGUCCCAAUCAACUCCUGAAUCUUCUCAACUAAGUCCGCCUGAAAAGGCCAUUAUUGGUAAAACCCGACUCUCCGACUACUUCCAGACUAAAAAUACUACCUCUGUAUCUCUACUACCCCCAGCCACCACAACUACUACGACUACUAAUCCAACUAUUAUGAUCAAAAACGUAACGGCAUACUCCUUCACUAAAGUCAGUUUCAAAGCGAGUAAAGUCCAGGAAGAAACUGUUCCUCUCCAAAAGACAUUCUACCUACAAGCCCCACCGGCUGUUCUAGACCGACUAAUGGCUACUUAUACCACUCGUUCAAAACAAGAGAUUGAAGUAUCCCGGCUAACUCGUGUUGUCCUGGGUAAGUCCGGCCAGCAAGAACUUCUGAAAAUGAGUGUUAACUCAGAAGAGUUCCAUGUUAACUUUCAUAAGUACACCGAGUUGUUUGAAAGUCCUGAAAUCCACCAAAUUGUCGAGUUAGAUGUUCCCCCUAUUAUUAGAGCCAUUGAAACUAUCGGGUAUAACCAACCACCCGUUAUUUAUGCCGCUAUUACAUCUAUUGGCGAGAUUAUUCAUUGUGCACUCAGUGGUCCCACUACCCAACUCUUCACUAGCAAAGAAGAGCUUCAAACUCAUCUUAACCAACUACCACCAACCGUUAUUUUCACCAGUAAGUUCAAAAAGCUAAGUGUCUUCAACAGUAAAAAGUUCCUAGUUAUACCCUUAGAUCUAACCGUUCCCAAAGCCAUUAACAACCACCAAAUUGCCAACUCUCUUUUUGAGGUGCUUCAUAAAGUCCAAACUCGAGCUGAAGAAAUACUUGAUAUUUGUGCAUUUGCCCGAAUUCCUCUCCUUGAGCUUCCCUAUCAAUCCCUACCGGGCUUAGCUCUAGACUUUCUGCACUAUAAAGAACGACUUAAACGAGACAUUAUUGGCUGGGGUGAAGCUACUAGUCAGCCUAGUAUUCAUUAUACACUGGCUAGUCCCUAUCUCAGUCCAUUCAAGAAGGAGUUUCAUCAAGAAGGUAUCUAUGAAGGCUUCAGUAUUAGUCUUCAUCUGUCCGGAACUAUUCUACUUGGUGUAAUUGAGUCUGAGCUACUUCUUAAGGAAGAGAAUGUUCUAACUAAGCAGACUCUAGAAAUGCAAGUUAUGCUCUCUUUAAUGAAGAGUCUUGUCCAUGGCUACAUUCUCAAAACCCCAGGAGCUCAGUACUUAGUCAAUAAGAUAGCUAACUGGUGCACCUAUCCAACUAAGGAAAGUACUAUUACCAGUCAAGUUGCACUUGAAAUCUCACUACUUCAAACCAAGUUUAUUUCCGGUAUUAUUCGUGCUAUCAAAUUCUCCAACAGUCAAGUCAUUCAAACCGACCAUGAAGAUAUUAUUAUCCACACUAACCAGUCCACUCAGGCCUUAGCUGAAGCCCAACUCCAAAGUACGUUACAAGAGAUAAACAGUCUGGAGUAUGGUUCAUUACUUAAUCUUAGCCAAGGCACCUGGUUCAAAAGAGUCAUUAUGAUAGACAAAACCAACUACCAACUAACUUUCCUUAAUGAUAAAGUCAAAGAAUCAUUCACUCAUCCAAUUCCCACUAUAAUUCUUAACGAUAUCAUUACUGGAGAUAUUAUUUCUGCUCUCGAGUACUUACAGCAUACUUAUCUCGAAAACUCUAAAGCAGGAGUUCUACUGGCCCGACUUCUUAUCAAAAUCUACUCUCUUAAGUUUGAUGAAGCCAGUUUUGCCAAGAAGGCUGCUAAUAUUGUUCAUCUCAAUCCUUUUUCCUAUGAACUCACUAAACCAUUCGGUGCCUAUACUUCACUUACUUUGAUUUGUAACUGUACGGGUUCAACUACCUUUUAUUUCCCACUUGUUCCCACUCCUAGUGCCAAAGCAAUUGAUGAUCAUUUUGACCAUCUUAUUCGCCACCAGCAAAAGCUCCAUCUUACUUGCAGUCGUUGUCUUACACCUUUCACCCGAGAAGAACUUGAAGCACGAGUUUUAGCCCAAAUUACUGAGGAAGCCAUCAAUGCCAUUAAGAGUGAGAGAAAGUGUACGCGUUGUAAACGACCUGCUCCCGGUCUAAUCACCACACGAUGCAGUUGUGGCGGCCGUUUCGAUAAGAACUACAAAAAGAUCUUCUUUGAAACCACCGCCCAUAUUAUUUCUCUAGCCUCCUUCAUCCCCACCGCCGCCUCUCUUACCCAAGCCCGCAAACUCACCCACUAUCUCUCCGUCUCAAUUGUGCCCCAAUAA